AUGGUGGUUGGGCAUACCUCUCAUACUAAUCGUGGCUCCGGAUCAUCUGGUUACGUACAAAAGAAUUUCUCAAAUGAUAGCCAAAACUUGGCGCACUUCACCGCAAGAGAGCUCAAGGAAAAGCAGGCAGCAUGGAAUGAAGAAAAACGCAAGCUCGAAAAGAAUCAAGCAGAGGCGACAUCUAGCUUGCUUUCGCGUGAAGUUUUGAGGAGAAUUGAGGUGCAAUGUGCUGAACUCGAAGAUGAGCUUGAGGAUGAAGGGUUCGGACAAGAUGAGAUAACUGCAAGAGUCAACAAUCUCAGAAACAAAUUAUAUAAUGAACAUGGUAAUAAUGGGGAAAAGCAAUCAGCUAAAGAAGAGCCUGACUCUAGCGAGAAUAUUAGUCUGCUGCAAAGUGCGGACUCGGUCUACCAAUAUAAACCACGAUUUUCAUAA